CCCUAAUGCUGCUGAAGUGAGACUAUCGUACGAAUUGUUGAUGGCAUGAUAAAAAAAAUUGAUAACUUUAUCCCAGUGAAUCCUUAAGUGAUUGAUAAGAAAAGAUUAGAAAGGUGAAAAGUGGUAUAAAUACACCAUGGCGCUAGAAUGGAAAGCAAUUGAAGUGAAGAAUUCGUGCUAACAAUGUUCAAAUUUUUCGUUUUCCUAACCCUUGCCACUGUGGCACUCAGUGAGGAACUCCCAACUCCUCAUGACUUCGUCAAUGCCAUCCACGAUCUGGAGGCUGGACGCUUCGUUGAGUACACGGAUAGCGACAAGGGCAACUUUGUAGUUGGUGGCAGCACUGCCUCCGUCGGCCAGUUCCCAUACCAAGCUUCCUUGAGGAGCUCCGGAAACGCUCACUUCUGCGGUGGUAUCCUCGCCAACAACCGCUGGGUGGUUUCUGCUGCUCACUGCACCAUUGGGCGCAGUCUUGCAAACACCAGAGUUAUCCUUGGUGCUCACUCCAGGACAACUGGUGGAACUAACUUCGCCUCCGGCCGCAUUGUGAACCAUCCUAGCUACAAUUCCAACACUCUGGCUAAUGAUGUCUCCGUCGUUCAGACUACAGCUAACAUUGGACAAACCAACACAAUUCGCCCAAUUGCUCUCGGAUCUGCCCAUGUUGGUGGAGGCGUCAAUGCCGUUCUCUCCGGAUGGGGUCUUACCUCCAGCCCUGGAAGCUUGGCUGCUAACCUUCAAUUCCUUACUAAGCAGACACUGACCAAUGCUAACUGCCAGAACCGCGUUGGUGGAAACGGAAAUAUGGUCUUCGCUCAUAAGAUUUGCGCUGGUGGCCAGGUUGGACGUGGUGCUUGCUCUGGUGACUCUGGUGGCCCACUUGCUGUUGGUAACACCGCCAUUGGAAUCGUCUCCUGGGGUAUCCCAUGCGCUCGUGGCUUCGCUGAUGUCUACGAUCGUGUCUCCAGCCACAGGAACUGGAUCAUUGGAUUCUUCUAAAUAUCUUACACUGUCUACUUUGAUCAAUGAUAUUAUUCCGAAAAUAUAUUGAGAGUUUUUAAAUGCUAA